AGGGGGGUGGAGAGGGGGCUCGCGGUGGCUGUUGGGACGGUCUGUUAAGUUGCAAGAGGCGCGGAAACUCCGCUGUCGCCGCUCCGCGCCUGGGGAAAAGGGGUGGGCGGGCGCCUGCCGGCCUAUAGGUGCAGCCAUGCAGGAAAGCAUCCGUUUUGCUUCUUCAGGAGAUGAUAUUAAAAUAUGGGACUCCUCAUCUAUAACCGUGGUGGAACAGUUCAACCCGCAUACUUCGCAUUCAGUCAACUCACUAUGUUGGGGCAAUAAUAAUAAUUUUCUGGUCACUGCAUCUACCAUCGGUGAUAAAAUAGUUGUUUCAAGCUGUAAGGGUAAACCUGUUCCACUUUUUGAACUAGCUGAAGGGGCAAAACAGACAUGUGUGAGCUUAAAUUCCAGUUCUAUUCAUAUUGUCAGUGGAGGCCUUGAUAACACUGUUAAAAUCUGGGAUUUAAAAUCUAGAAGACUUCAUCGAUGCCUUAAGGAUCAUAAAGAUGAAGUAACUUGUGUAACAUUUAAUUGGAAUGAUUGCUACAUUGCUUCUGGAUCUAUGAGUGGUGAAAUUAUUCUACAUAAUGUUACUACCAAUUUAUCCAGCACUCCCUUUGGUCAUGGUAGCAGUCAGCCUAUUCGACACUUGAAAUAUUCUUCCUUUAAGAAGUCUCUAUUGGGCAGUGUGUCUGACAGUGGAACUGUAACGCUGUGGGAUGUAAAUAGUCAAAAUCCAUACCAUAAUUUUGAAAAUGCUCACAAAGCUCCAGCUUCAGAAAUCUGCUUUUCUCCUGUCAAUGAGUUGCUACUUGUCACCAUAGGUUUGGAUAAAAGAAUCAUUCUCUAUGACACGUCAAGUAAAAAACUACUGAGAACUCUGGUAGCUGAAUCUCCUCUGACAGCAGUAGAUUUUAUGCCCGAUGGCACUACCCUGGCUAUUGGCUCUUCCCGUGGAAAAAUUUACCAUUAUGAUCUAAGAAAGCUGACAUCACCAGUAAAAACAGUCAGUGCUCACAAAACCUCUGUGAAGUGUAUACGCCUUCAGUACAGUAGCACUUGUUCAAAGUCCAGCUUUAAUAAAUGUUCUUCAAGUAAACCAGCAUCCAAAAGAACGGAUGUUAAAGCGAGUAGUAAUGUUGGAGGAAUUCAGAAUACUGGCAUAAUCAAAAAUCUUACCUCUAACACACCAAUUACAGUUUCACCUCAGCCCAUCUCAACAAUUGAGAGUAAAGGAGCAGAUGUUGUUCAGGACAAAACAGGUUUUCCUCGUAGCGGCAGCACGGAUGUAAUUCUAUCUAAAGAAACAGAUCAUGGGAAGAGUGCCAAUAUGACUAACUUUGAUGAUCUGGGACGAGAUAGUUUGGGUGACAUGUUCUCUCCAGUCAGAGAUGAUGUUGCAGUUUACAAAACAAGUGAAGAUCUUCCAGGAAAAGGAGAUGGUUUGGAUUUUCAGCCCUACUUUCCUGGUUUGGAUUUCCUCCCCCAAUUCAACACUGUGUUUCCCAUAAAAAGAAACACAAUAGGUGCUUGCAUGCAAGGGACACGUUCUAGUCCAUUACAUGCAUUUGUGGGCUCUCCUAUUAAAGAAGAAGACGAGCAUCCAAAUCAAGAUGCUGAAGCUACAAAAAUAAAUAUUGGAAAACAGGAAUCUAGAGAACCCUUGAAACAGCUUUCAAAAUUGAGCUCAUCGAAUGCUGAGUCUGGAAAUUCAAAUACUCCACAUUUGCCCACUGUAAUCAAGACUCCGGAAGCAAAUGAGAGACUAGGGAAGAAUAUUCAGGCACUCUUGAUGUCCGAUUCACCAGUAAAUGGUACUACCUCAGCAACUCCAAAGAUAACUUCCUCUGUCACUGCAGGAGUUGCCAGUUCAUUAUCUGAAAAAAUAGUAGACACCAUUGGAAGUAAUAGACCAAAUGCACCAUUGACAUCAGUUCAAAUUCAUUUCAUUCAAAAUAUGAUUCAGGAAACACUGGAUGAUUUCAGAGAAGCAUGCCAUCGAGACAUUGUGAAUUUGCAAGUGGAGAUGAUUAAACAAUUUCAUAUGCAGUUGAAUGAAAUGCAUGCCUUGCUUGGAAGAUACUCUGUAAAUGAAAGCUUAGUAGCUGAAAUUGAGAGACUACGAGAGGAAAACAAAAGACUAAGGACCCACUUCUGAAAGGUCCACACUGAGCUUAUUUUCUUUACAUGAACAUAAUGAAUUUUGUACUUUAACCUUCAAGAUGUCAUCUACCGAACACUGAAGUCGUGUAUGAAGACCAGUAUUGUUUUCUUGAACUCGGAAAACCUCUUCUUUUAAAUAAAUGUUAUAAGACACAAUACUUAACUGUAAAAUUUUUAAGAGAGAUAAAUCUGCACUAAUAACCGCUGUAAAGAAUGUGUUCAUAUCUUUAUGGUAAACUGACUUGAAAUACAUGUUGUCGUCUAACAGGAAAGCUAACAGGAUAAGUAUUUUAUCAGAGCCUUAGCUGUCCAUGAAGUGCCUUUUAUAAAUGAAAAGGAAACAGGACAAAUGUAUUUUCCAUAAGAAUUUUUUAUAUAUACCUACUGUCAGAACUAUGUAGACUGAUGCAUUAUUUUACACUUUUGUCAGCAGCAGUUGUUUUUUAGCUUCAGUAUUUCGACUAUUUUUGUGGAAAAACUAUAUUGUUUUCAGUAUGACAUUUGGAGUUUUGUUUCUGAAUAGCUGGAAAAAACAGGGAAUCUACUAGUAAUUAUUUGAUUAACGUGCAGUUAUAGAUAACUCAAAACUUUUCCUAUAUGGAGCAAAACUUGGGUUCAGUCUUGGAAAUAUUAAUGAAUGUGAUAUCAUCGUCUUGCUUGUGGGUUUUUUUAAAAUAUUUUUUAUGAGAAAUGUGUGCUCUUCUGCCACUUAUUCUUCCUCUCCCAUUGCUCCUCCCCCCUCCCCCCCGCUUAUAAAUGUUAAAUUAUAGGAUGAGUUUUUGUUAAAAUUUAGUUGUGUAAACUAGAAUCCUUUCACUUACGUAAGUGUGAAUAUUUACAUAAUUUAAUGGCAUAUUGAGUAACUUACCCAGUUUCAUUGAAUUUAACUUAUAGCCUUUGAAAUGUUCUGUGUGAACACACUUAACCAGUAGUACUAUUUACCACUACUGUAGAUUUCUUUUGGCCAUGCUGAAUACCAAAUUAAUUCAUUUGUCUUAGCUAUAAGCUAACAUGGCUGCAUGUGUCAUGCCAGUACUGACUGUUAGUCCAGCAGUAUAACACUGCCAGGCCUAUUCGUGCAGUCCUUAGUGAGGCAAAAUAUCUGAAGUGAAAUCCUGGCCCCGUUGAAGUCAAUGGGAGUUUUGUCACUGACUUCAUUGGGGCCAGGGUUUCGCCCCAGUCACACCAGUGAAAGUGUUGCCUCAGCAAGGGCUGAUUAGGCUCUGCUACAAGUGCCUUUUUGAGAUGAUGAUCUGAAGAUCUUAAGAUACCCACAACCAUUACCUGAUGUUCCAAUUGAAAAGAAGAUUUCAAAAAGGAAAAUACUGAGAACGCAAAUGUUACAUGUUGUAGCUAAUGAACUCUAUCUCCAGCGUGACAUUCUUCCAAUAAAUGAAAAAGCCAUAACAAAACAUUGUCUGUCACUUACUUAAAAUAAUACAUUGCAAAGUAUGAACCAUGCAAGAAAACUAUUUGAAUCUUGUCACCAUCUUUAACAUGAAUUUUUUUUAAAAGAGGGAAGCAUAAGGGAGUGGCUCCUGUAUUUUUUUUACAAGCUAGCUAAUUAUUUUUUUCUUGUAAAAAAUUGAAUAAUAUUGGUGUAACCUUCAACAUUAUGAUCAGGACUUGAAUAUCAGUUUGUAGUUUAUUGCUACCAUGUUCAAAAGAGCUUUUAAAAAGUGUUUCUAUAUUGAGCUGAAUUUAAGGAAGCAGAAUAAAUUAAACUUAUUUUUAGUAAUUU